AUGGAAGAGCACGCUCAAGAGAUGGAUCGCGUUAACAACGAGCUAGCAGACCUUCGAGGGAAUGUAGGAACAAUUAUGGAACUACUUCAGGUUAUUAAUGCAAAGAUGGAUACUCAGCCUACUGUGGUUUCUGAGAUCAACACUACCGCUGCCGUAGAUCCGCCGGUUGUUUCAGUUGAGAACUCGUUUCCUUAUGGUCUUUCGCAGAGUUUCAUACAUCCGCCUGUUGUUACGUCAGUUCAACAAACUAUGCCGGUUGCACAACAAGCCAUGCCGGUUAUACAGAACGUUCAACAGACUGUGCCUUUGGUUCCCGAGCCUCCAAAGGUGGUCCCUACCUUCACACAAGCUAAUGUCCAUACGCGGGUGCAGCCUUAUCUUAAUGAGCCUGUUUAUGAAAUUCUGGAUGAUACUGAUGAAGGUUACCAUCCGCGUGAUAGGCUCCGCGAGGAGGUUAUUACUAUUGAUAAAAGAUUAAGAAAGAUGGAAGGAGACCAGAUCUUUGGUGCUGCUGCUAGAGACAUCUGUUUGGUUUCCGGUUUAGUUAUUCCGCCAAAGUUCAAGACUCCGAACUUUGACUGCUAUGAAGGGACUACAUGUCCGAAAAGCCAUUUGAUAAUGUACUACCGUAGGAUGGCUGCCCAUGUGGAAAAUGACAAGUUGAUGAUCCACUGUUUUCAAGACAGUCUGAAAGGUGCCUCGUCGAAGUGGUAUUUAACAUUGGACCAAUCUCGCAUCAAGUCUUUUCAAGAUUUGUCUGACGCUUUCAUUAAGCACUAUAAGUACAACAUGGACUUGGCUCCUAACAGGAGACAACUUUUGAGUAUGACGCAGAAAAAUUCUGAAACCUUUAAGGAAUACGCCCAGCGAUGGAGGGAAAUUGCUUCCCAGGUUGAACCUUCAUUGACUGAUAAAGAAUUAGCUGACUGGUUUGUUGACACCGUUCGUCCUAAGUUCUAUGAAAGGAUGGUGGGUAGUGUAACCACGAAUUUCGCUGAUAUUGUUGUUGUUGGAGUAAAGGUUGAAUUAGCUAUGAAGAGUGGAAAGAUGUCCAGUGGGUCUAGCAGUACGAGUUCGAAGGACCAAGCUAAGAAGACUUCCGUCAAUCCUCAGAGAAAGAAGGAAGGAGAGACUCAUGCUGUGUCUUCAGAUAGGAGAAGGAAUAGGCAGUAUCAAUAUCCUCCACAUUAUGCCCAACCACAGGGAUACCCGGUCCAGUACGCGCCACCGCCGUACGUGGCUGCUGUUGCACCAUCUUUUAACCAACAAACUCCACAAGCGCCCGUUUAUCAGCCCAUGCAACAGGUUCCUGGUUAUCCGCCUCCGGUUUAUCCUCCUCCGAAUUAUCAACAAGCAUCCAACGCUCAGGCGAGUCAACAACCGAGGAACCAGGCACCUCGCCAGAAUGCUCCAAGGAGACCAUACAAGACUUGUCCACCGAUUCCGAUGACGUUCACCGAGUUGUAUCCUUACUUAGUGCAACGCGGUUUGGUCACUACUCGAGCUUUGGGACCACCUCUGAAUCCUUUGCCAGCCAACUACAACGCCGCCGCUCAUUGUUUAUUUCAUGAGGGUGCGCCAGGUCACGACUUGGAGAACUGUUAUGCUUUGAAAAACCUUGUGAGGGAUCUGAUGGAAAAGAAGAUUCUGUCAUUCAACGAUCCGCCGCCCAAUGUCAAAAGUAACCCUUUGCCUGACCAUGGGGCUGUUAAUGCCAUUGAUGCUUCGUCUGAAGAGAAUUCUAUCCUUGAUGUAGCUCAGAUUAAGACUCCGCUCAAGGCAUUCCAUUCAAAGCUGUUUAAAGCAGGCCUAGUAUCUGUUUCCCAUAUCGGUUGUACGAGCUGUAAGGGAUGUGAUAAGGGUUGUGUUAUGGUUCGGAAAGACGUUUAG